GUCGCGUCGGCACGUCAGUUCCACCUCAUCUCGCGCAUUCCAUUGUCCAACAGUACGAACUAUCUGAUCGUGCUCCGGCAGGCCGUACCACACGACCUUUGACAAUGAUCACUUGCUUAUAGACACGUCGCCUCUAUAGACAUAGACUCGAUCAUCAUGUCUUUCGUCGCCGCAGAAUCCCCGCCAAUCUAUAUCAAAAGUUCACCCGGCAGCAUCAGUGGAACCGAAGGUAGCGACUCAGAUUCUGAUUCUGAUGGAUCUGAGAAUGGUGAUAUUCCAAACUUCAUUCCCAGGAACGACAUCACAGCCCCAACCACCUUGAGCGAGGACAAUCUCGACCAGGAUAUACUUGCCCAAUUCCUGGGUGACGAUGGCGAUUCUCAAGACCCCGAGAACGAUAAAGUCGAUGAGCCAGAUUAUUUGAUCAAAAGCGACAUUGUAGAUCCAAGCGAGAUCAGCAUCGAUGUUGUCAAAGACAUACUUUCCCAAAUGCCGGGCAAGUAUGCCAAAAAUGGAGCGACGGCGGUAAUGCUUGGGAUGCAGCCCCAAAGAUCAUGCAUCAUUCAUCCCGUCUGGAAAAGUCGCAAGAUUAUCUGGGAACGACUUGACAAUGUCGAGGCCAUUAUCAUGCAGAUCGUUGGGACAGAAAACCCAAUAGCCUGCAGGCGCUGUACAGCCAACAGAGGUCCUUUUGUUGGGUGCUACUCUGUGCCAGGUGUUCACAAUGGUGGUUGCGGAUGCUGCAAAUAUAAUGCACAAACGGCAAAGUGCAGUUUAUACAAAGGAUUGAAGCGCCAAAGGACACAAAACUCGCAACGACCAUCUAAGCGAAAGCACCGCAACGAAGCGAUCAACACUAGAGAUGCCGGUCCUUCUCAUGCCCCUGCGCAACCUCUAGCUAUACAGAAUAAGAAUCAAGUAUCGCUAUCCUCGCCAGCUUUCCUUGUACAGCCUGCAGCUGAACAGCGAGUUCUUCAGGUUCCCAUUCCCGCCGAUCUGGGCUGGGAAGAUGCAAUGACGCUUCGCCGUGCAUUGCAAGAGAUGGCAGAACAGCUUGUGUUUGCUCCACAUGGGAACAAAGUGGUCCGCAAGGUUUUGCGGGAGUUUUCAGGAGCAUUGGAGGAUUUUGCAAGUGAAGAGCAAGAGUAAACCUCCUCAUUGCUCACCUCAAUUAUUUCUUUUUGCUUUGCUUUAACAUGAGAUUUGGUCUUCUUUUUUUACGUCAAGCCUCAGGGUAAACUGGUAGCGAGGCGCUUGGGACAUAUAGGAGUUGGUUGCUUGACAUAGUUGAUACCCUGGUUAUUUUCUCCAUUUUCACCGUCAGGCCGCGGAGGCCGGAUAGCAUCGGAUGACUUGGUACAAAGUAGAUUUAUCAUCGGAUAGGUCUUAGCUUGGCAAACGAAGUUGCGAUAAAUUUCAAACGUUUGCCUAUAAUUGUCCAGCAAGGUUUUUGAUGAAUCAGGUUCUGUGAGAUGUGUAAAGUUAUCUUGGUACCAAAACUUCAUUUAUAUGAGAGUUGGCCGAAGAAUCAGUUUGCAUCUAGGUUAGGCUUGUCAUGGUCGUAGAUCUAGGCGUCCCACUCGACCCCUGACCGUUGAUUGUUUCACUGUGCGUGGUCUUAACCUCAAUCUUGG